AUGUUCACUACACGUGACGUGACACCCACGCGGCGUGACCUCAAUCCGGCGCAGCCUGAGGGACGAGGCAGCCUGUGUGAUGCUCAGGGACACGGGCUUGGAGGCCAGGGCUGGAUCCACACCCAAGCUCUGCUCAUCCACAACAAGAGCUGCUGCGUGUUCCGGGAUGACUUCAUCGCCAACGUCCUCCCGCCGGUGCUGGGGCUGGAGUUCGUGUUCGGGCUCGUGGGCAACGGCCUGGCCCUGUGGAUCUUCUGCUUCCACCUCAAGUCCUGGAAAUCCAGCCGGGUUUUUCUGUUCAACCUGGCCGUGGCCGACUUCCUCCUGAUCAUCUGCCUGCCGUUCCUCAUGGACAACUACAUGAGGGCGUGGGACUGGAAGUUCGGGGACGUGGCCUGCCGGCUGAUGCUCUUCAUGCUGGCCAUGAACCGCCAGGGCAGCAUCAUCUUCCUCACCGUGGUGGCCGUGGACAGGUACUUCCGGGUGGUCCACCCCCACCACGCCCUCAACAAGAUCUCCAACCGCACGGCCGCCGCGGUCUCCUGCCUCCUGUGGGCCGUGACCAUCGGCCUGACCGCCCACCUGCUGUACAAGAAGAUGCUGGUCCCCAACGGGGACGCCAACCUGUGCAGCAGCUUCAGCACCUGCCACGCCUUCCAGUGGCACGACGCCAUGUUCCUCCUGGAGUUCUUCCUGCCGCUGGGCAUCAUCGGGUUCUGCUCCACGCGCGUCGUCUGGAGCCUGCGGCGCCGGCAGAUGGACCGGCACGCCAAGAUCAAGAGGGCCAUCGCCUUCAUCACGGUGGUGGCCGUGGUCUUCGUCGUCUGCUUCCUGCCCAGCGUGGCCGUGCGCAUCCGCAUCUUCUGGCUCCUGCACGCGGAGGGGACGGGGAACUGCGACAUCUACCGCUCGGUGGACCUGGCCUUCUUCGUCACCCUCAGCUUCACCUACAUGAACAGCAUGCUGGACCCGCUGGUGUAUUACUUCUCCAGCCCGUCCUUCCCCAACUUCUUCUCCGUCCUGAUCCGCCGCUGCUUCCGCAAGAAGGCGCCGGAGGAGCGGGAGAAUAACCGGAGCACGAGCGUCGAGCUCACAGGGGACCUGGGCGCGGCCAGGGGCGUCCCGGGCGCCCCGAUGGCCGACCCCGGCGAGCCCUGGAGCCCGUCGCAUCUGACGGCAGCCUCUCGCUAA